AUGGCCGUUCCGCAGAACUGUACAGUGCUGGUCAUCGGGGGAGGCCCUGCGGGUUCAUUUGCGGCUGCUUGCUUGGCGCGCGAGGGGAUUGAGACGGUCCUUCUCGAGGCGGACAAGUUCCCGAGAUAUCACAUCGGAGAAAGCACGCUUCCCUCGCUACGCCACUUCUUGAAGUUUAUAGACUUUGACGACGCCUUCAAUGCUCACGGAUUCUACAAGAAGAUUGGUGCAGCUUUCCGGCUCAACCAGUCUCAGCCAGAUGCCUAUACCGACUUUAUUGCGGCUGGCGGCCCUGAUGGAUACGCCUGGAACCUGGUCCGGUCCGAGUCCGAUGAGCUGCUCUUCCGGCACGCCGGGGCUUGCGGCGCACACAUCCUUGACGAGACCAAGGUCGAUACGAUUCAGUUUGAGCCAGGCACCGACAAACCGAGCCCGAGCUCAGAGGAGAGCAACGAGGCCUUGAACCGCGGCCGACCCUACCUCGUAGAUGCCAGUGGACGACACGGCAUCCUAAGCACCAAAUAUCUCAGGAGUAGGAGGUUUAACCGGAACUUCAAGAACGUCGCCAACUGGGCCUACUGGGAGAGCGACAAUGUAUACGGCCGCGGGACGCACAUGGAAGGCGCGCCAUACUUUGAGGCAUUGGCAGAUGCGAGCGGCUGGUGCUGGUUUAUGCCGCUGCACGAUGGCACUCGCUCCGUUGGCAUCGUGCAGGACCAGCAGAUGGCGACUGACAAGAAGCGCGAACUUGGACAUCCGUCGACUCUGGACUUCUACAGGCAGUCCCUCGAGCUGGCGCCCAGGACCAAGAAACUCCUCUCAGGGGCCAGGCUAGCUACGGAUAUCAAGUCGGCCUCGGACUGGUCCUACACCUCAUCUAGCUACCACUUGCCGCAUGCACGCAUCUGCGGAGACGCCGGCUGUUUUAUCGACCCGUUGUUCUCGUCGGGCGUCCAUCUGGCCAUAACGGGGGGCCUGUCAGCGGCAGUCACGAUUGCGGCGUCACUCAGGGGCGACUGCGACGAGCAGACGGCGGGCUCGUGGCAUUCCAAGAAGACGGUCGAGAGCUACACCCGCUUCUUCUUGGCGGUCAGCAGCGCCACGAAGCAAAUUCGCUCCCAGGAGGAGCCAGUGAUUCAAGAUGUAGAUGAGGAGGGUUUCCAGAGAGCCUUUGACCUUCUUCAGCCGAUUAUCCAAGGCUCUGUUGAUGCCGACGGGACGGGGAAAACGACACAGUCGGAAAUGUCCAGGAUUCUUGAGUUCUGCUUCAGGGCCUUUACAUACGUCCCCCCCGAGCAAAAGGACGCGCUAUUCGAGAAGCUCAGGGCUCUGGGCCUCGAGUCCGGAAAAGGCGAUGCGACAGAUGUAGGGGGGCUCGAAGACGUGCAAAAGCAUCUGACGGCCGAGGAGGCGCAGAUAGUCGAGACGCUGCGCAGCAGGCGCAUGAUUCGCGAAGACCCUUUUGACAUGGACAGCUUCACCCUCGACGCCAUCGACGGACUGGCGCCGAGGCUGGAGCGAGGCAAACUUGGCCUUGCCAGGGCAGCGAGGGCCAGGUUGGAUAGGUCUCACUUUUAUUCGCCGCCGUUCCUGGAUGGGAGGGUUCCGGGUAUUCGGGAGAGCACGCGUCCGAUCGCAUUGUAG